CUCUAACAUUCCAGACCGACUUGACAGACCAGUGGUAGUACAUUAAGUGAUUUAAGGGAGAGACUGAAAAAGGGACAGUCAACCAGCCGAAGCAUAUUCAUAGUAAAUCUGUCAAGAAUGACUCAAUUGACUCCAAUAAAGGGGUUUACAAAUACUCCCGUAUCAAGAACUAUUUGCAUUCUGAUUACGGUGAUAGCGUUGAGUCUAUCGAUAUUCCAAUUAAAGCACUACUUCCAGUUAUCAGUAGAUCCCUUUUUGAUAGAAUACUCUCAAUACUGGAGGGUUUUGAUCUAUCAAUUUGCGGUGAUUAAUGAAUCUGAUUAUAUGCUAACAAUCAUACUAUGGUUUCAUUUCAAAAAUUUGGAAAGAUUCUAUGGGUCAAGGAAAUACUUAUCUUUGACUACGAUCUUUGCAUUGUACAAUUCGCUUAUUUGUGUUGUUUUAAUGAGUCUAGGUCAGUUACUUAUUAAUUUAUUUUAUUUCAUUAUCGACACCUAUAUCUUGAGAAAUAAUACUGUACCUUCCUUUGAUUAUCGUGAUACUGUAUUCAACCAAAUAGUUCCUGGUCCUUUAGGUGUAUUAUCAUCACUUUAUAUGUGCUAUGGAUCCUAUGUUCCAGUAUCAUAUCAUUUCAAGAUCCUUUUAUCGAAUCCUUUUAAAGGAGAAACAACUAAUGACCCAAGCACUACUAACAAUGGCAAUAUGGAGCUCACUUUAACCAAUCACUUUCAAAUUCAUAUCAUUUACACCUUACUUCUUUUAAACAAUGGAUUUGCAUCCAUAAUUCCUUGCUUGGUUGGAAUUGGUAUUGGGAAAUUAUACAGUGAAGAUCUAUUGCCUGGGGCUGGAACAUGGUUAUUACCAUUCCCUUUGGUUAAAUUAUUCAUAAGCCCACGGAAAUCCUUGAAUUCUCUAGCCACUUAUGUCAAUACUGGAUUCAGAGGUGGUUAUAGAGCAGUGGGGUCAAAUGAUUCCAAUCCUUCUAAUCUAACACAAGAUAAUAAUAAUAAUGCUCAUAAUGAAAAUGAAGAUGACCAAGAAGAAACUUUAGAUGAAAUAAGGAGUAAUGAAAGCCAACAUGAAAUUAGAGCAGAAACUCCCGUACGACCUUUUGGAAGUCAAUUACUUGAUACGUUUAGGUCUUAAUGUCUUUAGCAUCAAUAUUUAUAUAUUUACGC